AUGCCUGCCAAACGUGCCUUUGACUUGUACACCAAAUCGGCGAGCAAGAAAAAGUCCCAUAGGCGCCAGUCUGGGGAGGGCUGCAGCAAUCCCUCCGCGAAGAAAUCUCGAAUAGACGACCCUCAUGCGUCUACUCCAAUGAAGGAGACAACUCCUCCACUAGCUCCUGCUAGGGAGGGAGUUCUUACCAUGACUUCUGGUUGGCGCUGCUCGAGGACGCUGACCAUUCAAUUCGAAAAGAGACUUAGCAAUCAGCUUAGUGCUGCUGAGGCUCAAUACACCAAGCAACUCAAGGCAACAGAAGCUGCUCAUGCUGAGCAGAUGAAGGUGGUUGAGGCAAAGCAUUUCGAUGCCCUUAAGGAGGCAGAGGUGAAGCAUACUGAGGCCCUCAAGGAGGCUGAGGCAAAGCACCUCGAGGCGCUGCAGGUGACCGAGGCCAAAAUCGCUUCUCUUGAAGAAGAGUUGAAAAAGAAGGAGGCGAGUAUUGCCAAGAUCACUGCAUCCAAGGAGCAGUAUAAGGAGACUUCACUUAUAAAUUACCGGGAAGCCCACAAGCUUCAAGAUGAGCUGGAGAUAAGCCGCAAGGAAGUUCGUGCACUGGAGGAACAGAAUGCCUGCAACCUUGAAGACUAUGAAGGGGCGACGUUUGAGUACCAUAUCAGGGAGGCAGAGUUGGCUAGGUGCAUUGCUCGUCUAGAAGAGGAAACAAUUCCAAGGUCUGCAGAGAUUUCUUUAGCAACCGGGAUCGAGGACGCCCGAGAAAAAGCUGGAGAUGCAGUCGAUCAGCAGCAGAAAUCUCCACAGGAUCCCCCGGCUUCUUCAUAA